AUGUUUAAAGGUUUUGCACACUUAGAGAAAAUAGUGCAAACUUCGUCUGAAAUCGCGUCAUUAAAUUUUUCAACUAACAACGCACGCGUAACUGCCUUAUUAAAACCGUCAAGCCGAAAAGUCAUUCGUGAGGCUGCACCACAUGAGCGUAAAUUAUUUACACUCGUUGAAGAACUAGGCACAACACCGCGGGAGGAAUUAGAACAGCCCACUCCAUUACGCGGACCUGAUCCAGUGACUGUUGAUAAAAUAUUACGAGCUGCCAAUGUGCUUGCUCAAAUAUGUAAUCUUCAGGAUGCCAAAGAGCAAAUUGAAUUCUUGGCGCAACGUCACGAAGAAAUAACGUCUUCGAUAGACAGUUUGGAAUCCAUAAUGGAAAAGCAAAAAGUCAAUCUAGAAAAAUGUAAAAUUGCUGAACAAACAAUAAACCUAGAUCAAGUUCAUAUGGGUGGUGAGGCUUCAUCUUCAAGAAAUCAAAUGUCAAAGAUCGAGGAAGAUAUUUGGCAUCAUGAAAAAGAAAUCCUUGCAUUAGAAAUGAUAAAAAAGGAGUAUAUAAAGAAGGUGAACUCUCUUGAUGAAGAAUUAAUCGAUCAAAAACACUUAGAAGAAGAGGAAAUCAAAUUAAAUCAUCGUUUGGGGAUGUUGGUUUUAAAUAAAGACGAUGACUUUGAUGAUAUGGAUGAUUCCGAUGAUAUAGUGGUCAGCCAUGAACUAGCAGAGAGAAUGCAACUUCUUGAAUUUAAGAAAGAAAUCCUUGCGGAAUUAGACACUCAACUUGAAGAGUUGGAAGAAAUUUCAUCGCGACAAAUGUACACUGGUGACUUUGGUCAUUUAAAGUUUAAAUUUCAAAGUAUAUCGAAGAAAGCAGACAUGGAGGCAAACGAAGUUCAGUCGGAAGGAAAAGACAGAAUCGAAAUUAUUUUGUCUACUCUAUCUUCGAAAAUUGACCAGAUUUUGGAUGAUCGUCAAAAAUGGAUGUCGUUGGAAUUCAAUAAUCAUGUCAUCAAAGAAGUCAAUAAUACUCUGAUAAAUUAUGUCGCAUCUACAUUAGAUCAAAGCGAUAUCGAUUUGAACGUUUCGAUACCAGUUCCAUCGCAACAAGCCAUUAUUGCUGCGAUAAUUCUACGAAUGGUUCGCAACGCAGGAGGAGAAAUAUCUCUUGCUGAUCUUAAAGAUCAAAUUGGUCAGGCCGUGCGCGAGAAAGGAUGGCAGGAAAGAGAUGGAAUAAAUGCCCUUUAUCUUCUUGUUGCCAAUAAGCUUUAA